CCUAGCAGAGGGCACCUAGCACCAUGUUCCCCCGGGCGCUGCCCCUGCUCCUCCUGCUGCUACUAUCCUGGCUCCAGGCCACGCAGCCUGCACCUCCCACCUGCUAUUCCAGGAUUCUGACCCUGAGCCAGGACAUCACAGAGGACUUCCAGAGCCUGCAAGCUGCAGAGCCACAGGAGCCAUGUGUGAGGUACCUGCCCCGGCUCUACCUGAACAUCCAUAAUUACUGUGUGCUGGCCAAGCUGCGGGACUUUGUAGCCUCACCCCAGUGUUGGAAAGUGGCCCAGGUGGACACCUUGAAGGACAAAGUACGGAAACUGUACACCAUCAUGAACUCCUUCUGCAGGAGGGAAUUGGUGUUCCUCUUAGAUGACUGCAAUGCCUUGGAAUACCCAAUCAUGGUGACCACGGGCCCACCAGAUUGGCAGAGUUAAGAAAGCAGAUGGAGCGGAAAAAGAACCCAGAAGGCUGACCUCAAUCUGCUGCCAAAGCUCGGGUUGGGGGAAAUACAGGCCUGUUGGUCUCCAAGUUCGUGUCCGAACUUACCAUGGAUCUCCCACCUUCGAGAAUGCCAGCUGAGCCUCCCCGUCCCGAGAGUGCUUGCUGCAUAGGAUUACAAGUGCAGUCAUUAUGUGUUGCCAGGGUAUUAGAUACAUAAACAGAAAAAUACUCACCAGCUUCUCUACAGGAAACAGCAAAAUAGUAUGUCUUUAUGCAUGCUUUUGAGAUGUAUUUACAAGGCUAUUGCAUUGUGCUGUAGGACUCACUCUUUUAAUGAAAGAUGAUAAAAAUCAAAUAAAGAAUGUCUUUGCAGCA